AUGUUCUCUCGGCUAGGCGGACUCCUGACAGGCUUCUCGAGCACUAUCAGUUCGUUGCUGCCGAAGUCAUCCCCUGCAAUUCAGACGCAGAUUUCAUCAUUUUCGACGAAUUUCCCACUUUUCAGGAACAAUUUCCUGCAGGUCUUGGUUUCAUUUUUCGAAAAAUAAAAACACUUUGUUCAGUUUAUUCACUAUCGGAACGGACCGCCAAAGCGGCGAGCACGGAGCAAGGACAAAAGUCCAAUCAGUGGAUAUAGCCACUAUAAGGGAAUUGUGCUCAAAAGUACGCAAAAAUCAAAUAUUAAUGGGGUUAUUCAGGCUGUGAAAAAAAUUAUUGUUUUCCGUUUUUUUACGUCAAAAAAUCCAAUUCAGCGAUGCAAAAAAACGAAAAAAACGGAAAACAAACAUACGCUGAAUAGCCUCAUAAAUAUCACUCGCCAAAAAAGUCUUUCAGCCGUCAUUCGUCACCCUAAGAAGCCAAACUCCGGAAAUAGAAAGUGUGCCAUUGUGAGAUUAUCGACCGGAGCGGAAGUUUGCGCCUACAUUCCGAACGUCGGUCACAAUUUGCAAGAGCACUCGCAGGUUUAAUAUAAAAGGUUCGAACAUCAAAACAUCUAUAAAUUUUGCAGGUUCUAGUGAAGGGCGGACGUCGGCGAGAUUUGAUUUCGGUGAAAGCGAACAUUGUGCGUGGAAAGUACGACUGUGCUCCGGCUGGUGGACGUAAAUAG